AGCAGCAUCCACCCUCAGCGGCUCUCUCUCUCUCUUCCUCUCCCUCGUCCCCCCUGAUACUUCAAAUCCGUGUCUCUGACUGAACGGAGACGGUUACCAAAAAAAAGAAGGCCAACGCAACCUGGAGGGAGUAAAAAAAAAACAGAAAGCGGGGAGCGGAGGACAGAAGUGGUUGAACGCAGGAAGAAUGAGUGACAGUCCGGCGCCUGGUCCAGCUGCUGUGGCGCUCCGCGGGGGGGCAAGCUGGGAGUCAGAGCCCGAGGAGCAGCAACUUUUGUAGACUUUUUAAAACCUCAGUUCAGACAGUUUUUACGCGCGGAGUGUGCGUAAAAGGGGCUUUGGACAUUUAACCAGUAGGUUUUUGUUCUAAUGUUAUGUGUUGUCAACGAGGGCGGCUCGAAGCGACGAGGAAAUGGCAUUUCUGUGAAGAAGAGCUCUCUGGUUUUUGUGGUCGACGAUGGAGAAUAAAUGAAAGGGACGCUUCCGCGGAUUAACUGACUGCCGCACGACGACAGGAUGCAGGAGAGGGAUCUACAGAGCGUGUGCAGAAGGGCGCUGCUGCUGACCGUCUGUAUGGUGUCCCUGUGGGGACAACUGUCCAGUGCAUCGUCACACAGGAGCCACAUCGUUCACGUGAAAGCGGGAACCUGCGAGGUAAUUGCUGCCCACCGAUGCUGCAACAAGAACAAGAUCGAGGAGCGAUCCCAGACCGUCAAGUGCUCCUGCUUCCCCGGACAGGUGGCGGGAACGACGAGAGCGGCUCCAUCGUGUGUCGACGCAUCCAUAGUUGCACAGAAGUGGUGGUGCCAGAUGCAUCCCUGCAUGGACGGGGAAGAGUGCAAAGUGCUGCCAGAUCUCAAAGGCUGGAGCUGCAGUACAGGAAACAAAGUUAAGACAACCAAGGUCACGCGGUAGUCGUCGGGUUGCAAGGAGCCAGACGUUUGUCUCUUUGACCACCAGCGGGACUUUUGGAUUGGAUGUGUUCUGGACCGGAUGAAGGAGAAGGACCACGUGUUCCUGGCUUUAGAUCCAGCAUCAAGCGUAGCGGCCUCUGAACUCGCCCCCACCCGAUCGCUCUUUGUAAUAUAGUUUUAUUCCUAUGGACUAGAAGACUCCACCAUGAAGAUAUUUAUUGACUUAAAGACUAUGGAUCACACCAAAAAAAAAAAAAAAAAAAAAAACAUCCCCAAGACAAAACCACGUGAUGUGAAACUUUUGUGUUCUUUUCUUGCCACAAAGGACUAAGGAUGCAUUUCUGUGGAUCAAAAGCAUUUUCAUUCCUUUUAGCCUUAUGGAGCAGAGCUGUGUCUUCUGGGUCUGUUUUUUUUGAUUUGAACCUAAAGUCUAAAUGUUUGGCCUUCUUAAGUUUCUUAGGGUGUCGAGUCUUGUUUUUAAAGACUGAAAACGACGCCACAACGAUAAAAACACAGAAAACAUGUAAUGAAGGAAGCUCAGCACAGUCUGCCAAAUUGUUUUAAUGGUAUCUGUUGUUUUCAAAGCCCGGUGACCAUUCAUUACAAAUGUCAAGAUUAUCUCAAUAAAUUUAACUCAAAGAACA